CCCACCUGUUACUCUCCCAGAAAACCCUAGCGGCCGCCACCAUCUCCUCGGUCGAGCUUCUCCGCCGAAUUGGAUCUUCGCGAUUCCUGCCAACAGACAGACGAUGGCGGACGUGGAGGCGGACGUCGCGGUCGCGGGCCAGCCGAAGAAGAGGACGUUCAAGAAGUUCUCCUUCAGAGGCGUCGAUCUGGACGCUCUCCUCGACAUGUCCACAGAUGAGCUCGUCAAGCUCUUCACUGCCCGUGCUCGCAGAAGGUUCCAGAGAGGUCUCAAGAGGAAGCCCAUGGCUCUGAUUAAGAAGCUGCGCAAAGCGAAAAGGGAGGCUCCCCCAGGUGAGAAACCCGAACCAGUCAGAACUCACCUGCGCAAUAUGAUCAUCGUUCCAGAGAUGAUUGGAAGCAUCAUCGGAGUCUACAAUGGUAAAACCUUCAACCAAGUCGAAAUAAAGCCUGAGAUGAUUGGACAUUACCUGGCUGAGUUCUCCAUCAGUUACAAGCCGGUCAAGCAUGGUAGACCAGGUAUUGGUGCCACCCAUUCGUCAAGGUUCAUUCCUCUCAAGUAAAUUGGAUGGGGCAACCUGAGGGGUCAUCUCAUUGGUAUUUCUUUUUGCAAGGACGACCAUGAUUAUUUUGGAUGUCAGUUGCUUUGUUUCUUUAGCUAAUGUUUUGAGUAUCAGAGAUACUCCUGAGGUAGAAUUCUUCACUUUGUUGAAAUAUAAGUUGUGGUAGCAGUUGAA